CGAACGUGUUUGAAUCUAUAUCAUUUUGUGUGUCAAGAUCGUUUUUUUUUGACCACAUUGUAUUGCUAUGGCACAUCGCAACCGGGGAAAAAUAAUAAAGAUAAGUCGAAGUCCAAGUCAUCAUUGCUGGUCAUCUUCUGUUGCACCCAGAAACCGUCCACCAAAGGAGUCAACGGUCGUGCAGGAUGUGGCCGACACCACGAAGUUGCUUUGUCGUUUCCCGUCUGAACAGUUUUCACGUCCGUGUAGUAGAGAGCAUUCCAGAAUAAAACGACAGGAGCUUGAGACGCACCGCAGCGGUAGGCUUGAUGAGGUGGACCACUGUCUUCGCCAUGACUCGUCUCAGCAGCAGUGUGGUUUUCCAUCAUCGCUCCGCACUCCUCUUUCUCAGCUACGCGGCCGUGCAGCUCCAUAUUAUGGUCAUGUGCCUCGCUCCUGUCGCGCACGCAGCAGGAGAGGGUGAAGACGUCGCUCGUAUUCCGUUGACAGCUUCCACCUCAUCGGACCUCUACCCCCUGCAUUUACAACAUCAAGACGAAGAACGAGAGCUCCUGUAUAGUAGCGCCGCCGGGCUUUCGGCUAGCACAACAAGUCUGCAGGCGGACCGGAGUACUACCCGGACGAACCUGGUGCUUCACGAAGUUCUAGUUCCGAAAGGAGAAGAAAAGGCUCCCCUCGCCGCCACGCCCGGAAAUAAACACCAGGCGGACAACAUUUUCGACGCGGGUACAACAAUCACAGAGACCUCCCAAGUGGCGCAUGGAGUUGACACGCCCCGAGAGCUGCAGUUCAGCACCGUCACUGCCACGACGACGAUGGAUGUUUUUAACCGCGAUAUGAUCAAUUUGGGAUACCAGAGGUUUUUUUUUUUGAUACUAAGCGGCUUUUGUUUUUGAGAAGUGCACAUUUUUUUACAUCGUAAGAAAACGAAAACGUGUGGUUGAUUCAUCUAAGAAGUAGGAGUACUGUAAGUAGUCCGUCGUGCGAGCCUUAGAUUUUAUUUCAAUGUUUUGAUCAUACAAAAACAAAAACAGCAUGUGUGUCGAUAUGCGAUUUCCUUCGUUGUACCGGAAAUUUUGUCUGGACUCGUGCAACGUCAUUGGAGAAAUCGCCGUCCCACAGUGGUAUCGGUGGGAGCAAGCCUGCAUUCAGUACGCCGAGGAUUCGCUGUGGUUCUCUCAGUGCCCCGACUUCUACGGAUGCGUCUUUGGGUGCGAGGUCCACGGGGGUGAUGGCGAUAAGAUGCUCGAUGCGGAGUAUCACUUCUGUUCAUGCUUUCAUCAAGAAAUGUAGUUCCUUUGAAUAGAUCUAAGUACUACUUACAUGGAUCACUAUCACUGUUGAUGAUUGUCGGGGUUUUUGUGAUGAAAAAAGACAAAUUCAAAUGGACCUGCGUCUUAUCUGCAAAACAGGAAAUGGCGGCGGCGAGAGAUGAUCUCGAAGGCGCAGAUUUCCUUUCUGCGGGAGAAUGAGCGGUGUGACGCGAUGAAGUGCCGAAGCUACUGCGCGCGAAAAAUCUUUGCCGGAUGCCGCGAGCAGCAAUUCUACCACGAGUGCAUCGGCCUGAAGAAUCGACCCGGAUAUCUCAAGUUUGGCGGCCAGUGCGAAGUGGACUGCAACUCCGCGAUUGCUAGCAAGACAGUUAGUUCCGUCGCCAUGGCGGUCGCGGUCUUCAUGACGUGCCUCACGCUCUUUCUGUACUGAACGCGGCGACGGCGAUGCUGGAGUAAUUAUUGACAUUGUCUUUCCGGGAAGAUUGAAGUGGAUUUUUUGGUAAAGGGAAGGACAAAUAGCACCUCGCCUCCGUCAACAAAAGACGGAAAACGGCUGUACCUAGAGAACUUCAAAUCCACAUUGUACUCGUAUGUACCAUAAGUCUUGCGUCCGUUCUUUGUAAAAAAAUUGAAACAAAUCAAGGUUGAGCUUCUCUCAAACUUUUGGAGUAUAACUGUAUGAACAUGUUGAUGAGAUGAUAAUGUAUGAACAUUGCAGCACAACACGCAAAGUGAUGCGAAUGAAUUGAAAAUCGUUGGAUCUCGUCAGUGUAGUUUGUUGGGACACGCACCG